AGACAGAGAGAGAGAGAGACAGAGAGAGAGAGAGACAGAGAGACAGAAGAGAGAGAGAGAGACAGAGAGGAGAAAGAGAGAGAGAGAGACGAGGAAGACAGAGAGAAGAGAGAAAGAGAGAGAGAA